AUGAGUCGCGAAGAGAGUCCGAAACGGCGGAAGAUUGGCUCGGGUCGAUUCACGCCGUCGUCGCCAAAGAGCUAUACCGGUCCUGGUCCUAGGCAUAUCUUCAUGCGACGCGACAGAGCCUCCAGCAGGGACGAUGAUGACAGCCAGACAGGAUCCAGCCGGGGCCGCAACGGUGCAUCAACACCUCACCAACACGCAUUUGAUGGCCCUGAAGCAUUCGUGAAUGAUAAUGAUGCUAUUGCUCUGGACCGUGACUGGUACAUGGGUGACGAAUCUGGGCACACAUUUGGAGACGAGACGCAUAACCCCUUUGGCGCUCCGGAAAGUGCAUGGGCAGACCAGAUCCGUGAAGCGGCAUUAUCUGAGAAGAAGAAUAGCCGCCGCUUUAAUGCUCGUGCUGUACAGAAGCAAAAGGACGUGGAUGCGUGGGAGACGAAUCGCAUGCUGACCUCCGGCAUUGCCCAGAGGAGGGACUACGACGCUGAUUUCGAGGACGAUGACGACUCGACAAGGGUACACUUGCUGGUUCAUGACCUCCGCCCCCCAUUUCUAGACGGCCGUACAGUCUUCACAAAGCAGCUGGAGCCUGUUCCGGCCGUACGAGAUCCUCAGAGUGACAUGGCUGUAUUCAGUCGCAAAGGGAGCAAAAUUGUUCAGGAAAGGAGGCAGCGGAAAGAGCGUCAGAAACAAGCUCAAGAUGCGACGAAUGCGGCGGGAACUACGCUUGGGAAUAUCAUGGGCGUCAAAGAAGAUGAGGGUGACAGUGCCGCUGCAAUUCCUGGAGAGGAAGACCAAAAGGCCAGCACCAAUAGCAAAUUUGCUUCACAUUUAAAAAAGUCAGAGGGAUCCAGCGCGUUUAGUAGGAGCAAAACUUUACGUGAGCAGAGAGAAUAUCUCCCUGCAUUCGCCGUUAGGGAGGAGCUACUUCGAGUGAUAAGAGAUAAUCAGGUUAUUAUCGUGGUUGGACAGACUGGCUCUGGAAAGACCACCCAGUUGACUCAGUUUCUCUACGAGGAUGGCUACGGGGAGCUUGGAUUGAUAGGUUGUACGCAGCCACGCCGAGUUGCAGCAAUGAGUGUCGCCAAACGAGUCAGCGAGGAGAUGGAGGUUAAACUUGGAGGACUUGUGGGCUAUGCUAUCCGUUUCGAAGAUUGUACAAGCAGUGAAACGGUGAUCAAAUAUAUGACUGAUGGAGUAUUGCUCCGAGAGUCCUUAGUCCAGCCUGAUCUUGACAAGUACUCUUGUAUUAUCAUGGACGAGGCUCAUGAGAGAGCUCUGAAUACAGAUGUCCUGAUGGGACUAAUUAAGAAAGUCCUCGCCAGGAGAAGAGAUUUAAAGCUCAUCGUGACAUCUGCUACCAUGAACUCUGAUCGAUUCUCAAAAUUUUACGGAGGAGCCCCUGAGUUCAUUAUUCCCGGACGUACAUUCCCCGUCGAUAUACAGUAUUCUCGUUCUCCAUGCGAGGACUACGUUGACAGUGCUGUUAAGCAAGUGCUUGCCAUUCAUGUUUCGCAGGGCCCUGGAGAUAUCCUAGUUUUUAUGACUGGACAAGAAGAUAUUGAGGUUACUUGCGAACUAAUCCACGAGAGGCUGGCUCUUCUAAAUGACCCACCGAAGAUUAGUGUGUUGCCCAUAUACAGCCAGAUGCCAGCGGAUUUACAAGCGAAGAUCUUCGACAAGGCUCCUCCAGGUGUCAGGAAAGUCAUCGUUGCUACCAAUAUUGCCGAGACCAGCUUAACGGUUGAUGGAAUCAUGUACGUGGUAGACGCCGGUUUUUCAAAGUUGAAAGUGUAUAACCCGCGAAUGGGCAUGGACACACUUCAAAUCACCCCAAUCUCUCAAGCCAAUGCGUCCCAGCGAGCAGGUAGAGCGGGCCGAACAGGGCCUGGUAAAGCAUAUCAUCUAUAUACUGAACUUGCAUUCAAGGACGAGUUCUAUAUACAGACAAUCCCGGAGAUUCAACGUACAAACCUCGCUAACACGGUGCUCCUACUCAAAUCCUUGGGGAUCAAAGACCUGCUGGACUUUGAUUUUAUGGACCCUCCCCCACAAGACACUAUCACAACUUCGCUAUUUGACCUUUGGGCUCUCGGGGCAAUCGAUAACUUGGGCGAUUUAACCGCUAUUGGUCGUCGAAUGAGUGCAUUUCCCAUGGACCCGUCGCUUGCAAAACUCCUAAUCACUUCCUCAGAACUAUAUGACUGCAGUGAAGAAAUGCUCACCAUAGUCUCCAUGCUCUCUGUUCCUAGCGUGUUUUACCGUCCUAAGGAGCGACAAGAAGAGUCUGAUGCAGCACGGGAGAAGUUCUUCGUGCCAGAAUCAGAUCAUCUAACCCUUCUCCAUGUUUAUACCCAAUGGAAAGCAAACGGUUACUCGGAUGGAUGGUGCGUGCGCCAUUUCUUACAUCCCAAGGCUCUCCGACGAGCCAAGGAGAUUCGAGAACAGUUACAUGACAUUAUGAAAAUGCAGAAAAUGCAGUUGACUAGCUGUGGCACGGAUUGGGACAUCAUUCGAAAGUGUAUUUGCUCUGGCUACUAUCACCAGGCUGGCCGGGUCAAGGGUAUCGGAGACUCUCUUUAUGGUCUUGGCUUCUUGCCAGACUACGUCGUAUAUCAUGAAUUGAUUUUAACAAGCAAAGAAUACAUGUCGACAGUCACUGCAGUUGACCCUCAUUGGCUUGCCGACCUAGGAGGCGUGUUUUACUCAAUCAAAGAGAAAGGCUACUCUGCACGCGAACGCCGCGUUACAGAGCGUGAAUUCAAUCGAAAAAUGGAAAUCGAAACACAAAUGGCUGCAGACCGUGAAAAGGCCGCGGAGCUCGCAGCCCGUGAAGCUGAGAAAGAGUCAGCCAAGAGGAGACAAGAAAUCCAGGCUGCAGUGAGAAGACCAACUGCUACCCCGGGAGUAAGGAGGACCACCAGUGGCUUGGUGACUAGUGGUAGUGUGGUUAGAAGGCCGCCGUCUAAAAGAGUUGGGAGGGGAUUCUGA